UUUACUUCCACGUGUAAUAAACCAAAGAGUUCACGCCAAAACCACAAAACACUAUCAUGUCACGUUAGCAUUCCCCAAAAACCACCACCGUGAUAAAACAACUAUCCUUCCUAGUCCUCUCCAUUUCUCUCUACUCAACAACCAAACCAAACUCAAAGAUUUUUUUUUUUCAUGGAUUGAGCAAAGAAGAGGAAGAUAAUUUCCAAAAUAUCGUGAUACAAAUGGACAAAUUCUCGUACAACUCGUAUCCAGAUUCAGCUGAAUCAUCGCCAAGAUCUCGCGAUGUCGAGUUUGAAAAUCCGCCGCCAUGGGAGGACCACCAGCAGCAGAGCUACAAAGUGAAGCUCAUGUGCAGCUAUGGCGGCAAGAUCCAGCCGCGUCCACACGAUAAUCAGCUUACUUAUGUAAACGGCGAUACCAAAAUCAUGUCGGUCGACCGCGCCAUCAGAUUUCCUGCUCUUGUAUCGAAGCUCUCCGCCGUCUGCAGCGGCGGUGAUGGAGGAGAAAUCUCGUUCAAGUAUCAGCUUCCAGGUGAAGAUCUCGAUGCGUUGAUUUCGGUGACUAACGAUGACGAUCUGGAGCACAUGAUGCAUGAGUACGAUCGGUUGCUUCGUAUGUCUACUAAACCAGCUAGGAUGCGUUUGUUUCUCUUCCCGUCUUCUCCGAUUUCCAGCGGAUUUGGCUCUGAAGGUUCGACUAAAUCGGAUCGGGAUACGUUUCAUCCGAUCCCUAGUCGACCUGAAUCGGAGAAAUCUGUAACCGCUCCUCCGAAUAAUGCUGAUUUUUUGUUUGGAUCGGAGAAAGUAGCUCCAAUUCCGCCGUCGCCUGUGAAGGUGCCUCAACCGUUACCGGAACCAGUGGUGCUUGAACCACCGCCGAUGUUCGUAGAUCAACGGAUGUUACAACCGGAACACGGCGUAAAUCCGGCGGAGAUUCAAAGACAAAUCCAGGAAUUUCAGAUGAUUCAAAUCAGAGAUCAAGAGCAACAACAAAUGCUUCAUCAGAAUCAACUCCAACAACAACAUCAACAACAAGAAGCUAUAAAUCAGAAUCAGCUUCAUCAACAACAUCAACAACAAGAGGCUAUACAUCAGAAUCAGCUUCAUCAACAACACCAACACCAAGAGGCUAUACAUCAGAAUCAGCUGCUUCAACAACAACAACAACAACAAGAGGCUAUGUACCGAAGAAAAAGCGAAGAUGAAGCCGGACGAUACUUUCCUCCAACAUACACUCAAAAUCCGGCGCCGACUACGAAUCCACAACCUCCGGUUGGCUACUGGCAAGGAAACAACAUCAAUAACAACAUUCCGGGGAAUAUCUACACAACAACGUCACAGAAUCUACCGGAGCAACAACAACAAGUAUACAUGAUUCCAGCUCAAUCUCAAGCUCCAGGGACAGUAUACCAAAGCGUCAUGAGACCAACGGUGCAAGGAAACCAAGGCUAUUACCCACCUGUUCAGCGACUUCAUCAUCCUGAUGCAUACAUGGAGCAGCAGAAUCAGCCAGGUUACAACGUGGUUCAACAACAGCCACAGUAUUCAGGUGGUCCACAAGUUAUGACUAGUGUUGGUCCGCAAGUUAUGAGUAGUGUUGGUCCUCCAAUGGGGUUACAGGAACCGUAUUCACAGAUGGGGAACCCUGUGUACUAUACGGUUGCUGGAGAAGGCAUGAUGGUUCAACCGCCACCGUCUCAGCCUCAGCCUCAGCAGCAGUACCAGGGAAUGGGUCAACCGGUUAGUGGCAUGACCGAUCUCAGAACCGGACCGGAUGGGAAAGUGGUGGUUAACAUGGCUGCACCAAAAGUUUCACAAAGUUCAGAUGCGGUGUGAGUGAGAUUGAGGUUAAUGUUAUGAUAAAGAUUAUGAUUAUCCAUUUAUAAAAACUUUAUGAUAUAUGUGUAAAAGUGGUUUUUUAGAUCAAAUUGGAAUCUGGAUUUCUGAUGAAUCAAUUGAAGCACUUUUGAUGUUUUUAUUUUAUUCUGGUAACUUUCUUUGAGAGUUCUUUUUAAGUAGGCUUUUGGACCUUUUCGUCUCCUGCCUCUUGUGCAUCCAUUUAGUGGUGAAUAAAGAUUAUUAUCCAAU